UACGUAUACAUGGUGAAAUAAUUUACAGUGUAUAGACCAGUCAGUAUAUAUAGGACACGGACACUAGAUGUUUCGUCAUAACAAACAUAUAUAGAUACACACAGUAUAUGUUAAUCUAGUUAACAGUGGUGGACCUAUUUGGAGUGAACUCUUUCAAUUAUCUUGGCUAUCAAAAUAUUUAGUAGCAUAAAGAGGUUCUCAAGAUGUUGGAAUCGUAUUUGACACAGAUCCCCUUGUCUUUAACAACUCAAGCAUUGGUGCUAGGAUUAACAGUUGGUGUGGUUACAUAUUAUACAUUUGGAAAGAAAAAAUACAAAUUACCACCAGGACCAUGGAGCCCUCCAUUGUUAGGGCACAUCUUUGCAAUGAAUUCCAGCACACCUUUAUAUAGACAAUUAUUGGGCUGGAGAAAGAAAUAUGGACCAGCAAUCACAAUUUAUAUGGGACCAAUUAGAUGUAUUAUCUUAAACGAUGCUGAAACUGUAAAUGAAGCAUUGGUAAAGAAAGGAGCAGAUUAUGCCGGCAGAUUUAAAACUUUUUCUGUUGAGACCUUUACUUCCGGUUAUAAGGAUAUAGCCAUGGCCGAUGUUUCUCCUGCCUGGAAGCAUCUCCGUAAAAUUUCUCUUCAAGGUCUGAGACAAUAUUUAUAUGGUAGUAAACUAGAAGAGAAAGUAUUUGAUUCAACAUCUAAAGUUAUGAGAAGAUUAAAAGAAGAAGAAGGUAAACCUAUUGAUAUACAGAAAUAUAUUGGAUUGUUGGUGUGUAAUUUACUUCAUGGUGUUUGUUUUAACAAAAGCUUUGAUAUUAAUGACAAGCAAUUUUUAGAAUUGCUACAUGUCUUCGAGUCAACCAACAACGAUAUCGGAAAUGGAUUCUGGGAAGACAUCAUUCCACCACUUCGCCGAUUUCCUACAGCUAAAUUCAAACGCAUCAUGGGAACCUUUGAUAUAUUUUUGAAUUUCAUAAGAGAUGAGUAUGCCGCCCACAAAGAUAAUUUUUCAGAGGAUAAUAUGAAAGAUUUCACGGAUUAUUUGAUACAUGCCAGAAGACAAGCCAUACAAGAAGAUCCGGAAAUAGAAAAUGUAAUAACAGAUGAACACUUGGUACAAACAUGCUCGGAUAUAUUCUCGGCUGGGAUUGAUACAACUCGACAAACUAUUAACUGGACUAUUCUAUUAUUAAUACAACAUCCGGAAAUACAGAAAAAAGUUCAAGCAGAAUUAGACCAAGUACUCGAUGCUGGACAAGCCCCAACUUUAAUUGACAGAGAGAGGUUGCCAUAUACUGAAGCUGUUUUACAUGAAAGUAUGAGAUUGUGUCCAGUAGCUCCUUUGGGAUUACCACAUGCUACCCGAUGUGAUACGACGAUCGGUGAAUAUGAAAUCCCUAAGGGAACAAUGGUCAUGAUAAAUCACUGGGCACUUCACCACGAUCCGGAGAAUUGGAAAGAUCCGGAAAUAUUCAGGCCUGAACGACUACUGGAUUCCGAUGGUAAAUUGGCACCAAAGUCCAUGUCAUGGUUGCCCUUUUCUGCUGGACGUAGAAAUUGUUUAGGUGAAACUAUUGCUAGACCCGAGAUGCAUUUAAUGUUAGCUAUUCUGUUGAGGAAUUUUACGUUUAGAUGUCCAGAAGGAAAGACCGUAGAUUUGACACCAGAUGGUUCCAUGACGUUUUUACCACGAAAAUCAGACAUUAUCGCGGAAGCGAGAAAAUAAAUAGUCUGAUUUGAUUUCGUUGCCGAAUGUGUACUUAGUUUUCGUUUAAAUCUAUAUAGUCCUAAUUGUCCUUUCUUUUAUAUGUUGACCAUUAAUUUGUAUUUUAAUUUAUCAAACAGCUAGUCACCGAUAUGUUUCAUUCAGAAUAAAUUCGGACAAAACAAGUCACCGAUAUGCUUUAUUCAGAAUCAGUUCGGAUCAAUUAGUCAUUGAUACAGAAUCAGAUAGAACCAAAUGUGAUUUAUUAAGAAUCAUUUACAUGUUCAUGUUUUAUACAAACAGGAAUUAAGCUUAUAUAAUUUUAUUGGAAUAAAAAAUGGAACCUUAUCGUUGUGCAUCAUUACGUUUUUCCAUUCAUUUGAAAUCUCUAAACCAUGCAUAAUAUUUGUAGAUUAAGUUCACUUAUGACAAGUAAUAUAUGGUUAUUAUAACAAAUAUUUAUACCAUUUAUGACAAGUAAUAUAUGGUUAUAACAACUAUUUAUACCAUUUAUGACAAUUAAAGUAAUAUAUAACAACUAUUUAUACCAUUUAUGACAAUUAAAGUAAUAUAUAACAACUAUUUAUACCAUUUAUGACAAGUAAUAUAUUAUAACAACUAUUUAUACCACUUAUGACAAGUAAUAUAUAACAACUAUUUAUACCAUUUAUGACAAAUAAUAUAUGGUUAUAACAAUUACUAAUACUAGUUAUUCAUAUUUAAUCGUCAAAUCUAUAACUAUGUACUAGCACAUAGAUAAUAUAUAUGCUACUAUAUUUUUGUUGACAUUGGAAGUUUAUUUCUGGCGACGUUUAAACGAGUGUUAUCUCGUCUUUAUCAAGCAAAGAACUUCUGGGAACUUGCGGCAUAGAUGGUCCAUACUUAUUCCUACUCCUCACAUUGUUUCGAUUGAUUAGACCUAUUCCCACUCAACACUGCUGUAAUGAAAGCAAAUUUCUGUUCCAAAUUAUGACCGGUAAAUAGUCCGAUUAACAGCCAAUGCCUUAACCGUAACAAUAUCAUUUGGGUUUAAACAGAGCUCCAACGAUGUUUACAUAACGUUACGUCAUGACUCACAAAAUUUAUUACGCCCAAUUAACUAGAGCAUAGUAGAAUAUUUCAGAAAAACUAAUUGAGUGACAAACGAAGCUACCAAAACGGCUACAAUGUAAACAAUACUGUUUUAAGACAAACAGUAAUGUUUGGAGACGAACGAUACUUUCACCGUUUUUAAUACCUUAAAUCACUGUCCAAAGUUUGAGGAAAGACAUUGGAUUAAACGAACGGCUGUCAUGUUGCUGUACUUAGGAGAGAUUUGAUUGAACUGGAAGCACAGACACACUCCCGCAAAAGCUCAAGUAUCAGAAGUAAAUCUAGCAAUGGCCAGGGAGAGAUUUCUCGGGCUAUCGCUUCAGGAAUAUGAUACUUAUUAUAAUGACAAAUUUCUAGACCCUCACGUGUUGUAUUUAAUUACAUUUUAAGCUUGUAAUCAAUGGUUUAUAGAGUAUGAAUACUGUUAUUGUUACACCCUCACAUGCUGUAUUUAAUUUCGUUUUAAGCUUGUAUCAAUGGUUUAUAGAAUAUUGAAUACUGUUAUUUUUACACCCUCGCGUAUUGUCUUAAAUUACAUAUUAAGCUUGUAAUCAAUGGUUUAUAGAAUAUUAAAUACUGUUAUUUUUACACCCU